AUGCCACGUACAUACGGCAUGCCAGCUCGUCCUUCCAGCGCCUCUGAACAGGCAGAGCGUGCAGGCAAGGCGACAGGCCUCACCCUGCCGACAUCCUUGGUUUCCAGGCGACUCCCCGUGGAUGGUUUCGGACGAGAGGAACAGGCCAAGUGGACCAGCGACGACACGCAUUCCCAUCGGGAAAUCGAACAGCCCGAUGAGCAGCAAAACAAGAUCGACCUCCAAUCCACGUGGUUGAAUCCUCGUUUCGCGGGCGAUGAAGAUCUUCAUAUCCAGCAGAGACACAGGCUGCGGGAAACUGCGAUCGCCGCUGCACCAAUGAUUCGGCUCAGCGGAGAGCAGAGAGCCGGCUGA